ACUCCCAAGUCUUGGUGGCUGCAGAUUUAGUGCUGAGUGAACACCCAAGAUGAUGAAGGCUGUGCUUCUGGGAUGCCUACUGGGAUUGCUGUGGGGCUCUCCAGUUCAAGCCGACAUCCCUCUUCAGGCCAACUUUGACAACAGCAAGUUUCAGGGUUUGUGGUAUAUCGUCGCAGCGGCAUCUGAUGACAAUGACUUUUUGGCCAUGAAGGACAACAUGAAGAUGCCAAUCACUUUUGUGACUUCUCUGGCCAAUGGUGACUUGUCCGUCAAGACAGUUUACCCAGGGCCUGAUGGUAGGUGCCAGAAAAUAGAUGCCACCUUCACCAAGGGUGCAGUGCCAGGACAAUUCAGCAAUCCAGGCAUGGGCCAGGAGGACAUCAGUGUGUUGAACUCUGACUACAAACAUUAUGCCAUUCUUCGAAUUAAGAUGAACAAGGGAGGUGUUCAAAGAGUAAUGAUGCAGCUGUACUGCCGAUCUCCAGAGCUCUUUGCUGAAGGUGCACAAAGAAUGCAAAUGUUGGCACCCAAAUUAAACCUGAACCCCAGCCAGGGCGCCAUCUUCGCUAAGUCAGAUGAGUGUAACAAGGCCCUCACCAAGUGAUAGCUGACAUGACCCCUGCUGGAGUUCAGGCUGAGGCCUCAUCAGUCACCCACCUGAUUGUCCCCCUGCUCCCCACCCCAGCAUUGCCCGAAGCUGAGACUUUUUCUUUCUUUCCUCCCAGAAUCCUCCUCACUACCCAAAUACUAAAUAAACAG